ACAAAUAUUUUAUUUUGCCACAAGCGGCCUUAUAACAGGAAGAGGUUCCGCCAUAUUCACAAGAAGAUAAAGGGGAGGAACUCAAAUUUAUCAAAAUGGCAGGGAAUACUGGGAUGGAACAUCUCAUCCCAAUUGUCAACAAACUCCAAGAUGCGUUUGCUUCUCUAGGCCUUCCAUUGUCGCUAGAUUUACCCCAAAUUGCCGUCGUCGGUAGCCAGAGCGCUGGGAAGUCCAGUGUACUUGAGAAUUUUGUAGGAAGGGAUUUUCUGCCUAGAGGAAGUGGUAUAGUCACAAGGAGACCUCUAGUGCUACAGCUUAUUAAUGCCACAACAGAAUAUGCUGAGUUUAUCCACUGCAAGGGAAAGAAAUUCACAGAUUUUGAUGCUGUCAGGAGAGAGAUUGAGGAUGAGACAGAUCGGGUGACAGGGAAAAAUAAAGGCAUCUCCAACAUCCCCAUUAACCUCAGGGUUUAUUCCCCUCAUGUGUUAAACCUGACACUGAUCGACUUGCCUGGGAUGACCAAGGUGCCGGUGGGGGACCAGCCACAGGACAUUGAGACCUUAAUACGCAGCAUGCUGCUGGAGUUCAUUACCCCGGAGAACACCCUGAUUCUGGCAGUGUCACCAGCCAACAGUGACUUGGCCAACUCAGAUGCUCUGAAGAUUGCCAAAGAAGUUGACCCUCAGGGUCUGAGAACAAUAGGAGUUAUUACCAAACUAGACUUGAUGGAUGAAGGCACUGAUGCCAGAGACAUCUUGGAAAAUAAAUUGUUACCAUUAAGAAGAGGUUACAUUGGUAUAGUAAACAGAAGUCAGAAGGACAUAGAAGGCAGAAAAGACAUCAGGGCAGCCAUUGCUGCAGAGAGAAAAUUCUUUCUCAGCCACCCAUCCUACAGACAUGUGGCUGACAGGAUGGGGAGUCCAUACUUACAGAGAAUCCUGAAUCAACAACUUACCAAUCACAUCCGUGACACUCUCCCUGCACUCCGUAACAAGCUCCAGUCCCAGCUGCUCUCUAUGGAGAAGGAAGUGGAGGAGUAUAAAAACUUCCGACCAGAUGACCCAGCUAGGAAGACUAAAGCUAUGAUGCAGAUGUGUCAGCAGUUUGGAGUUGACUUUGAGAAGAAUAUUGAAGGUUCUGGCACAGAAAUCAACACCAUGGAACUCACUGGUGGAGCCAAGAUCAACCGCGUAUUUCAUGAACGUUUUCCAUUUGAGCUGGUCAAGAAAGAGUUUGAUGAAAAGCAGUUACGCCGUGAAAUAAGCUAUGCUAUCAAAAAUAUCCAUGGUAUCAGAACUGGUCUGUUCACCCCAGAUUUGGCCUUUGAGACCAUAGUGAAGACACAGAUAGAGAAGCUGAAGGAGCCAUCCAUCAAGUGUAUUGACAUGGUGGUGGCAGAGCUGACAAGUGUGGUGCACUGGUGUGCUAGCAAGAUGGCCAGAUACCCAGCACUGCAGGAGGAGACAGAAAGAAUUGUCAACUCCAGGAUUCGAGAGUAUGAACAGAAAGCCAAGGAACAGGUGACACUGCUGGUGGAUGUACAGCUGUCUUAUAUGAACACUAAUCAUGAAGAUUUUAUAGGAUUUGCCAAUGCACAACAGAAAUCGGAGAAUACAACCAAAAGAAAAAUAGGAAAUCAGGUGAUUCGCAAGGGCUGGUUAACCUUGCACAAUAUCAGCUUUAUGAAGGGUGGCUCUAAAGACUUCUGGUUUGUCCUGACAGCAGAGACCAUCUCAUGGUUCAAAGAUGAAGAGGAAAAAGAAAAGAAGUUUAUGCUGCCUUUGGAGAAUCUGAAAAUCCGCGACCUUGAAGCUGGCUUCAUGUCAAAGAAACAGAUGUUUGCAAUAUUCAGCACAGAAUCCAGGAAUGUUUACAAAGAUUACAAGCAGUUGGAGUUAUCCUGUGAGAGUGUAGAAGAAUUAGACAGUUGGAAAGCAUCCUUCCUCAGGGCUGGGGUCUAUCCUGAGAGAGUAUCAGAUGCCACAGACAAAAAAGAUGAUUUUAGUUCUACGGACCCACAGCUAGAGAGACAGGUUGAAACUAUCCGUAACCUUGUUGAUUCCUACAUGAAGAUUGUCAAUAAAACCACGCGGGACAUGGUACCCAAGACCAUCAUGCAUAUGAUUAUUAACCAGAUCAAGGAUUUUAUUGGUGGAGAGUUGCUGGCUCAUCUCUACUCCAGUGUCAACCAGCAACAACUAAUGGAAGAAUCAGCUGAGGAAGCCCAAAAACGCGAGGAAAUGCUGAAGAUGUAUCAUGCUCUACGAGAAGCUUUGAACAUCAUGUCUGAAGUGUCAAUGAAGACAGUGCAGACACCAACACCACCUCCUGUCAAUGAUGACUGGCUAAAGACGGAGGAUGCACCUCCGGCAAGACCUCAGCCAGGGCUUAAACCUGCGCCGUCACCCAUGAAUGGAAGACCUCCGUCUCCAAACAUGAACCGGCCAGGACGACCAGCGCCAGCCCGUGGUGCCGCCCCAGCACCACCAAGCCGGCCGGCGCCAAUGGUACCCAAUAGGCCAGCCCCCAGUCUGCCAUCACGCCCAGCGCCAGGACAGAUGCAGCAGCCUCUCAUUCCAUCGUUACCUCCUCCUCUUAUACCAGAACCUGCAUCCCCAAUGAUGGAUCGUCCCGGCAGUUUCCCAGGUGUACCACCCAGAAUUCCUGAUCGCCCAUCAGUACCUGCCAGACCACAGUAACUAUGGUAACCAUAUCCACGACAACAGUUACCAUUGGAAACCAAGAGGAGUCCAUAUAUAUCCAUCAUCAAAAAUUAGUCACAUAUAAAAGAUUAAAAGACUUGAGCCACUGUACUGUGUAGAGAAGUUACUUGUGAUAGCAGGAUGACAAAAUUAACGAAAGAAAUGCUAAUAUUUAAGCUGCAGAGAAGGCAAGUACCAGGAAUCGGCACACCAGUGUGUGGAGAGAAAGGAUGCCAAGAAGUACCAAGUAUAUAUACCUUCAGACAGGGAAGUCGAGUCCAUGCAUUCCAAAGAUUUUCACAGAAACAUGUGCAUGGACAGGAGGCCUCUUUCUGUACAAAUAAAUCUUUAAUAUCAGUGGAGUAUAACUGUGGAGUGUAACCUACAAACAACUGGUUCUGCUGUAUUUAUUACUAUUAUUGGUAUUCAAGAGUGGGAUAAGGGUUAUAAACUAUGUGAAGGAAAUCGUGUUUUAGCUCAAUAGAAAUGUGCUUAUACUGAUAAUUUCUGAAUGUGAAAUAGAAAUUUGGUUGGUAUUUAAUUUACAUUUCGAUGGUUACUGCACUGUUUUAUAGCACCAGACACAUCAUGUUGUGCUCCUGAGCCCUGGAAAUGAUGUGUGCCCUUUUCAGAUCCUCAUACGUAUGUAGAGAUAUUACAAGACGUUGUGUGGAGAUCUUUCAGGAAGCUGUCAGACAUACGGUGUCCAACUCUGGGUAGACAUUACCCCUGGAUGUCAUAUAGCUCUCUCAGGAAUGCAUGCAUGCAGCUACAGUGAUGAUGUCGUACCACACCCGGAAUAUUUGGUCAUAAUGUGCAAGUGAUGAAUUAAGUUUCAUUCAAUCUUUUGUUACAAGGUUUAUGAAAUAUUUGGCAAUCCUGCAGAAAUUUAAUGUGGGGCAUAGAAAGUAAAACUUUUCCUUGUCAUCUUUGGGAAUUUGGUGUUUAGAAAUUUUAUGAUUUGUUUCAUGUCAGUGCUGUAGAUUGGAGUUUGGAGAUUUUUUAUAAAGGUGAAAAAAGAAAACAUGCUGAUAAUGAUUGAAUAUAAGACAUUCUGCUGCUAAGCAACAGUCCUUAUUCCCCUGAUAAAAACUUUCCCUUUCAAAAAACAUUUCUGUUUCUUAAUUCUUCUUUCUUUAAAAAUAAAUAGAUCAAAUACUAAAAAUUUUCAAGAGAUCUUAAUGUUUAUGUUGUCUAAAGACUGGUAUGUAAAUAUGUGUUCCUGUGCUCUCUGUUUUGAAGCCUCACUGUGGUAGGCAGAUGUGGAGCAUUAGAAAUAAUGAAUGUCAACAUGUUAUAAUGGUACGCAGAUCAUGUGCCAAUAUAUAUAUUAUAUAUACUUGUACAUAUGAAUGUCAGAAAAAUAAGUGAUUAUUUAUAGGAGAAUAGGGUGGUAUAAUUUUUGCUUCGGUUAUGUAGUGAUGUUUGUGGACAAUAAAUGUUACCGUGUCAUUUACAAAUAUUGCCGACCUAAAUGAUGCAUGGAGAUUAUACACUGCUUGCUGAAAUCAGUCAUGUGCAAAGAAUAUUAUUUUAUUUCUGUCGCUCAAGAAAAGGUAGCUUCUUUAAAUUUUAGUUUUAUUCAAGCUAUUUGUCCAUUUUCAGUCUGAAAAUAAAAAUAAGAGAUCAAUGAUAAGAGAUAGUAAUAGGUUAAAGAUCAAUGAGACAAAAAAAAAACUCAUAUUUAUAGGAAAUUUUGUUUGAAAAGUAUAUUUUAAGUCAUAUAAAUGUUCCAAUAAGUUCAGCGGCUUGAAAGCACCAUGAUAGUAAAACUAGUGUAGAAAAAUAACAUCUUAGCUGUGGCAAAAUAAAGUGGAAGUAUGUGAUCCUAUGAAACUAAAUUAUUCAGAAUUUGAUAGAAAUGAAGUUUUUGUGGAAUUUUAGGAGACACAUUGAAGUUGCCCGUUUUGAAGGUGUCUUGUGUUUUGCCUCGUCACAUUGUUGAAAUGAAAUUUAUAAAAUAGCGAUUUUGUAUAGGAGACGAGUAGAACUUGGUAACAAAUAAUGUAUAGGAGACGAGUAGAACUUGGUAACAAAUAAUGAUGCAGAUCUUAGACUUCUGUAGAAUUAUGUGAAUAAAAAUAUUAACUUUAAGAACCA